AUGAAGAUAGAGAUUGCGAAUUUGGCGGCGUUGGCGCUCGCCUCGACCGAAUGCCAGAAGAAUUGGGAGAAUACAGUGAACGAGUUGCUUCAGGACUCGAGGCAGCUGACGAGUUCUGUCGAAGCGGCGAUGAUUGAUGGGAUGAGUGGGAAUUACGUCGCUAGAAUCACCAGUUCUAUGGCGGCGGUGGAGGAGAAUAUAAAGAACUGCCCGGAACUAGAAUCUCUCUUGCCGAAAAUAACAAGAAUUGACAACACAAUGAACUACUGUGCACCAGAGAGUAUUCACGAUUCGAUGAAAUUGUCGCGAGAAAAUAUCGUUCGGCAACAAGACCAAACCGAUGAGCUCAUCGGAAAGUACGAAAAAGCAAUGGAUACCCUCGAUGACCUCAACCAAAAGUUAUGGCACGAACUCUAUCCGGCCGUGCCCGUCUCAGCUGCAUCAUUAAUCGAACAGAGCGAAGACUUGCUUGCUCAAAUGCGAAAAGUUGUCGAGAUCGACUCGAGACAAGCGCUUGAUAUUUCGCGCAUAAUAAGAAACGAUGCAGAAGGAAAACUGAAAGAAGCGGAAGAUGAUUACACUAGAAUCAGUCAUCAAGUGGACAUUCUCAUCUACGAAAUCGAACCGGUUCUUGAACUCAUCGCUGUCCAGGGAUUCAAUAAGCUUCUUUGCGGCGGAGAUGCGAGAGAAGGCACUUGUGAUGAAAAAUGCGGUGGUGUUCUUUGCUCGCACUGUGGCGGACCUGGAUGUGGUGGAGCAAUCGACGAUGCUGGGAUCUCAUCGGAAGCUGUUGAUGAUGUGGCUAGUCUUUUGGAGGAUUUGAUCAACAGGUCUCGAAUUUUAUUAAAGAAGAUAAAAGAAGGAAACUGGAUCGAAGAGUCGAAAUCGGCAAAGGUCGUUGCUGAACAACGCCUGGCGCAGGCGGAAAGUAGAAUGGAAGACAUUUUCGACUGGAUUCAAAGCUUCAUUGAUAUGCUCAAGCUCUUCAACAGAGUAAUCGAAAAUGACAACAGCCCCGGAAGCCACCUGAAGAUCCUGAACGAAAUUCUCACGACACAGCUUCCUUUUGUCGAUCCAUCCAUCUGUCGUGAGCUCGAGCGGCUAAAUUUUGGGGGAGAAAAGCCCUUCAAAAAGCCGCGAGCGGGCGAAUACGCCAGUGAUGCAUUCUAUACUGCAGCGAAAGCGGCAAAAUUGAAGUUCGCAACCGAAGGUUUGAGAAAACAGCUUAAUGAAAUUUACGAGCGCGUGAUGAUGCUGAACAGGAUCUCCACCGGUGCAGCUGGAGGCGACUCUGAUGACCCAGAGAUUCAACGAUUGAAGGAUCAAAUCCAAGACGACCUGGCAUACCUUGAAGAGCUCAUUCGCCUCUAUCCCCAAGAAACAUUGACGAAGAAGCAAUACGAAAUCCUCAGUGAAAUCAUAAACGAAAUCAACAACGACAUCAUCAUGGCUGAGACUCUCGCCGCCGAUGCUGCUCUAGAAAUGGAACCUGUCAAGACGGAAUUUGAUGAAAUAAUGGCAAGAGAGACAGAAGUCGUGGGCUUUGUUGAUGAUACCUUGGAAAUCAAGGGAAUCGUCGACUCUCUUGAAAAUUUCCAAGAAGGAUUCAACAACUUGACCAGAGAGAUAGAAGCAUACACCCAACAAGUCGAAGACUUGAGGAACGAGCUAAACAUCAAGCGGCAAAGCUAUGAAGAGGAGCUUGCCGAAGUCAAAACUCUUACUUUACAAAUGGUAGCGAUUCGCAAAGAAAUUCACGAAUACCAUACGAAGAAGGAUCCUCGCUCAAAAUCCGCAAAUAUUGCAAAUAUGGCGUUGACCCCCAUCCGCCGGCGUCUCCAGCUGUCCGACAUUUCCUCCGACGGCUCUAGCCUCGGCCUCAACCUCUCAGCCAUGUCUGACGAUGUCUUCACUCCCCUUCCUUCCCUCGAUUUGCCAACCGACUCGCCAAAGAUCGGAAGCAACAAUCGUGUCCGCAGCGUUUCAUCCCCUUUUGCCUCGCCACUCGCCUUGGCCAACCACAAGACAACGCUCACUUCAAGUCCACUCAGGCCAUUGUCCGGCUCAUCCCCCACCAAGGGACUCAAAGGCCUCGGCUUCAAAGUCGUCCGCAAGCGCCGAUCGACCUUCAACGAUUUCGCAGUGUCCAAGGCAAAGAACUUCCGCACCUCCAGCCCGCUCAAGCCAAAGAACAAAAACAUCGUCGCCGCUCCAUCUGUGCCCGAUAGAGCCGCUGUCGACGACUAUGUUCUCAAAGAGGACAACCUCUGCUCCACCCUCGAUAACAGCGAGUCUUUCAAGAAGCUCGAAAGCGCCGAUAUUAUCAUCAAGCGACCGCGGCUGAAACUCGGCCAAAGACGGGCUCCUCGGCCAGCGCCAGCUGAUCGGGCUGCCGCUCCUUCCAAUCCCAACGAGUCGCCCAUUUCCUUCCGGACCAAGCGAUGUCUGAGCCUCCGCUCUCCCACGAGCUGCGCCUCCCGGGACAUCCGAAGACGCAACAAAUCCGUCAACGACUUCAACAUGCCGAAGAAGAAUUCGAUCGAUGCGAUCAAUCCGCUCAUGGAUCGGGGCGAUCUCGUCGGCGACUUCUCCAGGAAGCAAGCUUUGCCCACCACAACCGCCGGUCGACACUCCGACUUGAAAUACAUCUCCACCCAGACGAUGGUCGACAUGCUCCAAGGCAAAAUUCCAAUUGACUACCUCAUUGUUGACGCCCGCUACCCGUACGAGUACAACGGCGGCCACAUCAAAGGCGCCAAGAAUCUCUACACCAAAGAACUGCUGGAAAACUACAUGUACCAGAAGUCGCCAUUCAACCCGAACCCAAAGCCGUUGAAGAAGCAAGUGAUCAUCUUCCACUGCGAGUUUUCCGUCGAGCGCGGCCCCGCUAUGCUCAAGUACCUGCGCAAAAUCGACCGAGCGCGCAACCAGUAUCCCACUCUUGACUUUCCCGACAUCUACCUCCUCAAGGGCGGCUACAAGCAACUCUACCUCGACUUUACCUCUGCCACGGACGUCCACAGCGGAACCUACGCGCCGAUGAUCGACGCCAAGUACACCAAGGAGCUCCGCCACUUCCGACGCAAGUGCAAAACCCUCCCCGCUGGCAAAAUGCUCGGCUUCUGA